AUGGCUUCUAUCGACCACAGGGUCACGUCCCUCCUCACUGAGCACUUGGGGUUCCCUCCCCUCGCGCUCAUCGAUGAUAUCAUCAACGCCGUCAACGAGCUCCUCUACAAGUGCACCCAAGCCAUGGAGACUUACCUCCUUGAAGUCAGAGACAAGCGACUCAAACAAUCGGAUUCUUCUAGUGUUGUCAGCAAAGAGGAAAUCCAGCUAGGCACAGGCAAGCUUGAGACGUUGUUGGAAAGCCAAGUCGAUAAGAACUUCGACAAGUUCGAGCUCUAUUCGUUGAGAAACAUCUUCACCAUUCCCCAGGAGUUGGUGGAGGAAGGAUGGAUCAAGUUGAAGCACCAUGAGGGCAUCAACUACAAUCCCAGCACAUCCAAGGCCAGUUUGGACGACAGGAUCGCACUGGUGGUACGCAGCAUCAAGUUGGAGUUGCAGUUGAGAAAGAUGCUCAAGUUGCAAAUCAUGAAGGCCAAGAAGAUUAUCAAGGCGUUGCGGUUGUUUCAGCGCAACUUGCGGUUCUUGAGCCAGGGAGAACGCGACGGAGAGGCCCAGAUGUCGCCUAAGGCCCGCGAGGCGUUAAAAUCGCUUUCUCCCAUCGAUGAGACCUUGUAUUUCUUGCUCAGCCAGGUGGAAGAAUUGACGGCUCAGACGAGGUCGUUGUAUAAGAAGCUCGGAGGCAAAGAGGACAACAUCAAAGGCUUCUUGCCAGACGUAAGAGAUCGGUAUAUUGACGGAAGAGUGGGUGGAAUCGUCCAGAGACUAGGCGAGGAUGCGCCUGACAGUGUCCCCAUGGAAUCCCUGGAUUCUCGCUUUUUGGGCGAUUUUUCCAGCAUCUCAGAUAUAGACUUGGUGAAAGAUAUCGGAGCUGCCUUGAAUGACAGUCUGCCUACGGCAGAAUCACCCCAGAGAGAACCACAGGAGGAGGCCAUUGAAGUGGAACAACCAGAUAUUGAAGUGGAAGAAGCAGAAAGCGAAGAGGAAAACGAAGGAAUUGAAGAGGAUCAGCCAGAAAUUGAAGAGAGUCAGCCCGAAAUUGAAGAGAGUCAAGAGAAUGUCGACUUGCCAGAUCAUAAUAGCCACGAACAGCAAGCAAAGAAAGGGCUGCACGAGACCGAAAGCACCGCCUGA